GAAUGUGCGAGUGUGGACCUGAACAUGAUAUGAACUGUAUAUGAAAAUAAGAGCUGUCCUCAGAUGUACCUGUUCCCUCCUCUCUCAGGGGUUCUUCAGGCGGAGUCAGCAGAGUAACGCCGCCUACUCGUGUCCUCGCCAGAAAAACUGUCUGAUCGACCGAACGAGCCGCAACCGCUGCCAGCACUGCCGUCUGCAGAAAUGUCUGACUGUGGGCAUGUCCCGAGACGCUGUGAAGUUUGGCCGCAUGUCGAAGAAGCAGCGGGACAGUUUGUAUGCUGAGGUUCAGAAGCACCGCCUCCAGCAGCAGCAGCAGCAGCAGCAGCAGGGUCCCCUCCUCCUGUCCCAACCCAGCAUCGGCAGCCCGAGCCCGGGCGAGUCUGAGCCGCUGUCCCCUCACUACGGCCUCUCCUCCACGGGCCUCACGGAGCUGCCAGAUGAGCUGGGAAGCUACAUGGAACAAAACUCACCUGAGGGAGGAUCUGUAUCGUCCAAGGCAGACUCUGGAGGAGGUGGAGGAGAAGGAGGAGGAGGAGGAGGAGGUGGGUUCUACCUGGACUUCCAGCCAUCCCCAGACCAGUCCGGGCUCGACAUUAAUGGCAUCAAACCGGAGCCGCUGUGCGACUACGGUUCCGGUAACGGCUUCUUCCCGUACUGCUCCUUCAGCAACGGAGACACAUCGCCCACCGUGUCCAUGGCUGAACUCGAUCACCAGGCCCAGAUCAUCUCAAAGUCUCACCUGGAGACGUGUCAGUACCUGAGGGAGGAGCUGCAGCAGAUGAGCUGGCAGAACUUCCUGCAGAACGAGGUGGAGAGCUACCAGAGCAAGCCACGGGAGGUGAUGUGGCAGCUCUGUGCCGUAAAGAUCACCGAGGCCAUACAGUAUGUGGUGGAGUUCGCCAAACGUAUCGACGGCUUCAUGGAUCUCUGUCAAAAUGACCAGAUCGUGCUGCUGAAAGCAGGCUCUCUGGAGGUCGUCUUCGUGCGAAUGUGUCGGAUGUUUGACUCUCAGAACAACACUGUCUACUUCGAUGGGAAAUUCGCAGGUCCUGACGUCUUCAAAGCAUUAGGUUGCGAUGAUUUGAUCACGUCAGUGUUCGACUUUGCUAAAAGCAUGUGCUCACUGCAUCUGUCGGAGGAUGAGCUCGCUCUGUUCUCAGCGUUCGUUCUGCUCUCUGCAGACCGGUCGUGGCUGCAGGAGAAGCUACAGGUGGACUCAGAUGUAAGGUGUCUGCGCUGCGUUCACUGUGCAGUCGGCACACAGAGAAGCUGUCAGCAUUCAGAGCAGUUUACCCCGACAUCGUUGGGACACACUUCCCUCCUCUUUACAAGGAGCUGUUUGGUGCCGACCUCGAACUCACUCUGCAGACCGGCAGCAACUAACCGUCAACUCCCUGCCAGAUUCGGUUGGACCAAACCCGGUUUCUAUGGCCGGAGAACGACUCACGCUGCCGCUGCACUUUACCUGGACAGCCAAGUCCACAAAAACUGAGAGAUUUGAACUCCUUCUUCACCUCCUCCUCUCAUGGGUUUGGAGUGAGGAGUCAGGUGGUCUCUCUCCAAACGUCCUGGAUCUGGAUCAGAUUCAGCUCUGACAUUAAAAGACUCCUUUGGUAUUCACACUGAAAAGACAGCUCUUCUUCUAACAGUUCACGUCACGUCCCACACCAGAAUUCAUUUAUGUGUCCUCGCGAAGCUGGUUUGUCUGGAGGUUUGGUGACGCAGCGACCGGCUGAGGUUAGAUGGUGAGUUACUGGAUUAACUGGUAACAAUAAAAGCUGGUGCUAUUCAUUCAAAAUAGCCCACCAAGCUAGCUAGCAAGAUCUGAUUUUGAGGAGCAGGGUUUUAUAAAACCGGAUGGUGCAACAAGCUAAUGAUUUCUUCACCCUCAGAGGUUAGCUCUGAUACGGCAGUUUACAAUUGUGCUGGCCCUGACAGUGAACGCCUCAUCUGUAUGUUUCUAUAUAAAUGUUCCAAAAAAUGUAACUUCAGUUUCUCUCUAUCAUCUCCUCCGUGUUUUUACAGCUGCAGCGUUCCAUAAAAAACUUCUUGCAAAUCAUUUUAUGCACAUUUGUAGACACCCAAAAGUUUCCAGAAUUCAAUCUGACAGAUUUGUUAUCUUUGGAAAUUUAAGAAGGAUAUCCAGAAGACCAGUCGGCACUUAGUUCCAACGUUUCAAUGUGUGUUAUACUGAAUGUUCUGAAAAACAGGAAAUAAGAAAUCAUACCUGUUCUGUUACUCUGGUACAUCCUACAAAUACCGCAUUUGUUUAACUUUUCUAUGGACAGACUUACGCCCAAAUUCAACUGGACACAUCCGCAAUGUGCUGUGAACGCCACCCAGGAGUGUUUCAGAAGCGUUUUUUCCUGCCAGAGUUUGUUUACAUUCUCAGAUUUGGUUAAUUUGGACACUAUAAUUCCUUAAUUUAUGUGCUUCUACAUUGGGUAAGUACGCUACUUAGUUUCCUUUUUGUAUGUACAUUCAGGGGUCUACACAGGGGUUUUUAUUUUUAAAAUGUUUAUGCUCUUACUGUGUUUGACUUCCUGUCAGCUCAAUCUGCUCUGAGCAGAGCGGAGAGACGUUUCUGAAACGCACUGCGGCCACGUUACAGCUGGAACGUGUCACAGCCGUGUGUCUGGUGGAAUCACGUGUUUUAUUGGACAUUUUUAUCUUUUAAUGUUAAAUGUUUAAUGUUUGGACUUUCUGGUCGAUUGCAGGCCUGUAAAGAUCAGAAGAAGUCCAACACCUUCAUCACUUCAGCUUUGGUCUCAUCUUUCCUUUUAUCCCAAAUACUGUAUACCAAAACAGAACGUCAUCAGUUAUUGAUCUGGACCGUUCGUCCUCUGAUUCAACCAGUAAUGUUUUUUUCUGGUUCCGGUUAAAUCACUUGGUCAGUGAGUCUUUUCUUGAUGUCUGUUAAUGCGUCACUCAGGUUAGUGCAGAUCUUUAACAUACCUGAACUGAACACCAAACAAUAUUCACGUCGCUUCUCUGGCAGUUUGAUUGAUUAUUGAUUAUCGGCUGCGGUCAUUAUGUCACCAGAUUUGAAAAUUAACUCACGUGUGGCUGGUGACUCGAGUUUUAUCUGAUGAUUUAUCACAUUAACAGGGCUGUAACAAACUUCCUGUCUGUUCUUGCAGUUAGCUGUCACCACACUGCCCUUUGUGGAGUUCUCUCUCCUGAUUGGAUAAAGUGGGAACGGAUACCCACAUUAGUAACUACUCUAUACAUUAUAUCAGUGAUGGCUGUCAGAAUUUAGAGUUAUUUAACACAACAUUUCAUCACAUACAAGCAACUUUAAUUCUCUUUUUGUUGAAUCUUCAAACGGGAAAAAAGCUUUUUUCUCUCUCUGUGAGUCCACUGGAGAAAAGACCAACAACUGAUCUUUAACACUUUAUUCAUUUUGGUUCAUAAGAUUAAUUAAUAAAGUAGAAUAUCCAAAAGUGAAUAAAAAAAAAAGAAAUCACAGCGGACUGAUUCAUAAGAGAAGCCAAACACCUUCAAGUUCGCAGUGAUAUUGAAUAUGAUUUAAAUUUUGAUUUAAGAUCAAGAUCGGUAAGAGGAGCACCAUUUAAAGGCUCCGGCCGGAGUCUUCUCCAUAGCAACAACCUGCUGAGGCUCAUGGGUACUGUAGUAUUCCCCUUGAAGUUUUACAUAUGAAUUAAAAGUGAAAGUUACUUCCAGAUGCAGGAAGUUUGCAGCUCUUUAAAACUAAUGUACAACAAUGGACAGCAGACAGUCAUUCAUUCAUCAGUUCUGGUUUAUAGAAAUAGUUUCAUCCUCCAUGAUUUCAUUCCUCCUCCUUCUGCCUUUCAUCCUCCCAGCAGCCUCUCCUGUCCUCCGAUGUGUCUGUGCUGGUAUCUUGUACCAGUCUGCAGCAUCAGACACAGAGAUACUGAUUCAUUCUAAUUAAACAGGUGGCCUGUAGCACCAUCUGGUGGCCCUGACAGGAAAGUGCAGUAAGUUUGUCUGCAGUUCAGGGCUGCAGCAGUGAGAGUCUAAUCCACUAAUCCACUCUGGAUCCUUUCAGAUCUCCAUUGAAUCAAAUUAUUUAUCGUUUUCAACAUUUGGAAGUAACCAUAGUAAUAAAAAAACAAAACUCAAACAUUAAGUUGGAAUUUGUUGGAAGACAGAAACUGUUUUGAAAAUCUGAUGAGAAGCAGAAAGUCUGAGAAAGUUGCCAUUGAUUACGUACCUGUCAGGGCAGAAUUUUGGUUUCACACACUCCUGGAGUGGGUAAACUCCUAGUCCCAGGGAGUACUACACCUUCAUACAUGGGGCGAGGCAAAAUGGUAUCCUCUAGUGCAGUGGUUCUCAACUUGGG